AUGUCUCUCGUCAACCUUGCCUCCGUGUGCGCCCACCUGAACAAUGCCACCAAGGCCCGCCUUGGUCUCACCUCGAUCCCCAACAGCAAUCUCCACCUGAAGCUGUGCCAGGCCCUCCAGAACUCCGGCUACAUCUCCUCCGUCGUCCGCGGAGGCCCGACACCCCCUCCUACACACCCUAUCCUCGGCCAUCCCACCGCCAACGACGAGGUGGAGGGUGUCGAGGCUAUUACUCGGGACAAUGUCGCCUCCCGUCGCCUCUGGCUGGGUCUGAAGUACUGGCAGAACGAGUCCGUCCUGCGCAAGGUGAAAAUGGUUAGCAAGCCCACACGCCGGGUUCAUCUCAAUGUCGAGGAAUUGCGUCGAGUCGUUCGUGGCGAGGAAGCUGGCUACGUGGCCGGCCUGCGAUCCCCCGGUGAGAGUCUCUACCUGUCGACGGACCGGGGAGUCUUGGAGGCUCGCGAGUGUGUGGAGAAGAAGCUCGGUGGCCUGGUCCUCUGCCGGGUGCUAUAA